AUGUUUUAUAAUCAUCAGAGAGGGAAAGCGGGAAGGAAUUUAUUAACCCAAUUCCAUCUUCUUCUGAUACUACUGCUCAUAGUAUCUUUAUCAUGUGAAUCUCGACUUUUAGAUGGUAGUGAUAAUAAUGUAAAUAAUCCAACUCCUGGUACUCCACAACAAAAUUUUCAAAGGAACUACCCUCCUGAUCCCUUUUUUGGUCCAGAUGGAGAUUCGAUGAUAAAAACUCCUUCUGAUAAUAUUCUUAACGUACAACCAGUACCUAAUUGUACCGAUCAACUACCAGCUAAUACUUAUCCAAUGCCAAGAUGUAUCUCUAAUAUUAUAGCAAAUUAUCGUUUAGAUAAGUUUGAUAUCGCAAAGGCAAUGAGUUAUCGAUCUAAAAGACGAACCAGUCAUUUGACUACUUUUUUUGCUGAAUUUGUUGGUUAUGAUCUUAUCAGUUCAUCAAACAAUCUUCCAGAUAAUCCAUUGUAUAUACCAUCUGAUGAUGCAACGUAUAACUCAUAUUCAUAUAAUUCAGCAACGUCAUUACCAGGUCAAUUAAGUAGUUUGAGGUCUCUUCCUUUCAAUCGAUCGGAUUUUCUUUCUACUGCUACACAAAAAUCCAAGCGUAAUGGUUACAAUAAUUUAACACCUUUUUUGGACCUGAGUCCUAUUUAUGGUAUUACUGCUGAAAAUGCAAAAAGUCUUCGUGAGGGUAAUAAAGGAAAAUUAAAGACCAGUGGAAGUGAGUCUGAUCCUUACCCAUUUAAGGAUCCAACAACAGGAAAUUAUGUCCUUGGAACUGUCGGAGUACGAUCAAACAAUAUUUUUACAAUGUCCAUACAGACUAUUUGGCUACGUGAACAUAACAGAUUAUGUGAUGAGCUUUAUAAAAAAUAUGGUGACGGAUGGAAUGAUGAUCAAUAUUUUGAAGAGGCAAGGAAAUGGAAUAUUGCAUUUUAUCAAAAAGUUGUUGUAGAAGAAUAUCUUAAUGUCAUACUGGGUAAACAACUGCCGCCAUAUCAAAAAUAUGAUCCAGGUCUAACUCCAGGAAUUGAUGUUUUUUUUUCAACAGUAACAUUCAGAUAUGGUCAUAGUGAUAUGAGUGAUUUUUUUCGAAUUCAAGAUGAAAAUGGUGAUACAGUUAUUGAAUUACCAUUACAAAAUGUUACAGAUACGAGCUUACUAGAAAAAUUUAGUGUAGCGAGAUUGUUGACAUCAUUGUCUUUACAGCAUCAAGAAGAAGUCGAUAUAUUUUAUUCUGAUGCAACAAGAAAUAUUAGAUCACCUGAACCAAACACUUAUGAUCUUAUAGCAUUUGAUUCUCUAAGAGCUAGAGAUAGAGGGAUUGGAUUAUAUAAUGAUGUUCGUCUGGCAUAUGGUUUAACGAGGAAAGAUUCGUGGGAAAGUAUAACUUCAGUUAAGGAAAUACAGAAUUAUCUACAACAAUUAUAUCCUAAUGGAACUAAUCAAUUAGAAGCUUUGGUUGGAGCAAGAGUUGAAGAUCAUUUAAAUGAUUCAAACUUUGGUGAAUUGAUGAGCACUAGUAUGAUUACUCAAUUUAUGACUAUUAGAAAUUCAGAUAGAUUUUGGUGGGAGAACAAAGAGAAUGGCUUGUUUACUGAUGAUGAUAGAACCAUUACACUUAGAAAUAAAACAACAUUUAGAGAUAUUAUAUUACGUAAUUUAGAUGAUACUUUUCAAACACUAAUCCCACAAAAUAUUUGGACAGUCCAACCACCACAGAAAUUAUCUGGUUCAUCAUCAAAAUACCCUGGUCGUAUUGCUUUAUGGCCAUCAGCAUAUGUUAUUGGUUAUGAAAUUGUUGGAGAAUUUAUUAAUUUCCAAGUUCAAAUACUAACUACAGGUGGUAAUGCAUGGUUUGGAAUGGGAUUUGAUCCUGACGAUAAUGGUGGAAUGAUUGGAGCAGAUUUUGUAAUUGGAAUUAUUUCUAAUGGAAAUAUAUCAUCUUUAUCAAAUUAUCGAUCUAAUCCAACUGAUUACAGGCCUCCUAUGCCUGAUGGAGAUGAUUCGGAUUUAAAAUUAACCAAUUUUAUACUUUCUAAUAAUGAUGAUUUUGCAAUUGUUGAAUUCUCAAGACCUUUAGUACCUAAUGGAAGAAAAGGGAUUAAAAGAGGAAAAACGAAAUAUAUUUUGGCUUAUAACCCUACAAGUUCAGUAUUUUCGUAUCAUCAAAAUAAUCGUCAAAUGACAAUGGUUGAUUUUUACAAUAAUCAAAUUUCAUCAUCGUCUGUAUCUGACGGUCAAAGAUUAGUGAAAUUAGCUCAUGGAAUUGGAAUGUUAUUAAAUUGGUGUGUUGUAUUUCCUGCUUCUAUUUUUAUUGUAAGAUAUUACAAACAUACCAAUAGUUACAUCAAGAUACAUCGAUUUCUACAAUUGUUUGGUAGUAUUUGUAUUUGUGGUUUUGGUGCAGCAUCUAUGGCAACAAUUAGUCCAAAAACAAUUCAUUCAUGGUUGGGAAUAUCAAUAUAUGUUUUGUUAUUUGUUGAACUUGGAUUAGGCCUAAUAUCAAUUUGGGGUCAAGUAGCAAUAGUCUCGGUUAAUCAGGGAUAUCCUAGGCUUGUUAAAAGAGUUCACAGAUUUUUUGGUCUGGCUUUAUUAAUAUCUGCCUGGGUAAAUGUGUAUUUUGGAAUUGACUCAUAUUGUUUAUUUUAUGGAUAUGAAUCAUUAUAUUAUAAAAUUGCAUAUUUUAUAUGGAUUGGCAUGGUAAUAAUAGCAUUUUUAUUUGGUGAAUAUUGGUGGAAUUUUAAAGGAACUUGGAAAUGGAAAUAUACCCUGUCGAAUUUUGAAAAAGAAAAUGAAAAGAAAAAUGAUAAAAAAUCACUUUUUUUAUUGCAUAUUCCCAAAGAAGAUUUUGAUAGAUUGCCAGAAUUUACAUGGAGUGAAGUUAAUGAACGUGUUCAACGCGGUGCAUAUUUAGUAGUUUGUGAUGGGUUUAUUGUUAAUAUGAGAAAAUGGAUUAGGGUACAUCCUGGCGGGGCAAAAAUUCUUGAACGUGUCAUAGGAACAGAUAUAACAAAUGAUUUUUUUGGUUAUAAAGGUAAAGAGAUCGUUGAGGAGAUUGAUUUACCAGAAAUAAAAUCUAUCCCAACUGGCUAUUCAACAUCAAUAUUAGGGCAAUAUACUGAUAUUUUACGUGAGAGGACAAAAAAAUACACAACUCAAAAAAAUUCAGUUGCACAAGUUGUUGAUGAUAUGAAUGUUAAAUAUUUCUUAAAGGCACCUUUGGCUAUACACCCACAUAGUUUGUUUGCAAUUAAAAAAAUAGCAACAAUGAUUGUAGCAAAAUUAAAAGAAACCCCCGAUCUUGACUUAUCAAUAUUACAACCUGCACCAAUAUUUGGUCCAUCAAAUGCAGUCGAUGGAGGAUUAAGUGAUGAGGAAAUGGCUAAACAAGACACUGCAUUUAGAAUAAAGUUCCGCAGAUACAAAUUGACAAGUAAAGUGCCCAUCAACGGCAGUAAAAAAUAUCCAGUGAUGAAAUUCACAUUCACAAUAAACGAACAAUUAAGAGGAUAUGAAAUUCAAGUGAGAGGACCGUUUGAUGUUGGAGAUAGAGAAAAUUUACAAACACAAUUAUUAUCCCAGACUGUUGAUGCAUCAUUACAAUAUAGAAAAUCCAGUUUGACUGGAAGAACUACUCCAUCAUUCAUAUCUUCAUCAACAAAGGAUAUAAUUAACGGUGUAGAACUAGAAGAGUAUGAAAUAAGUAGUAGGGGUAUGCUAACUAUAACAUAUGCACUAAAUAUACCAGAUCAAGGUUGGAAGGGGGAAUAUGGUAAAAUUGAUAAUGAAAUGAUUUCAAAUUGGUUAAGUUCAAAAUCAAUGCCACAUCAUACAAGACCUCAUAAAACACCACCACCAAUUAUGAUGAAUAAUAAUAAUCAGAACAGUUAUUAUAGAACAUCAAUUAAUCCUGAAAGCGCUUUAAAAUAUUUAACAAUGACACCACCACCACAAUCAUCAAGUCCUCUAUUAAUUACUAAUUCAAUAACUGAUCCAAGAUCUGUAAAUGAUGAUAAUUAUAUUAUUAGAUUUCAUGGUAGUGACGGUACAAUGAGUGAAAGAUAUAGUAAUGUUAUUAUUAAUAAGAGAAAACCUAAACUUGAUCCUAACAGUAAAAUAAUUGUUUGUGGACAUAUAGAUAUGAUAAAUGUUGUUGAGCAAUCGUUGAAAGGUCUAGGUUAUACUGAGGAAGAUUUUAUAUUAAUAGCAUAG